UGGAGUAAGCGCGAAGCACAAACUAGAAACAGAUAGUGAGGGUGGGAGAUAUUCCUAACCAGAAAAGAUGUUUGCAAUUGAAGCACUGCUGUACGACGCGGAGGAGGAAAAGCAAAGCGUCGUCGUAUUCUCCAUUGCCGUAGCUGCCUUCGAGUCCGAGUGCUGCUAUGAAAUUAUAUAUAUAUUUUUUCUUUUUUCAAUUUCCAAUUUUCGGUUUCAAUUGGGAAUUUUGAAACCCUAGACCUCUGGAGGGGCUGCCAAGGUGUUCGUUGCCACUGGAAGUGCCCUUAUGUGAUGAGUGGGACAAUUGGGCGCGGAAUCAGCUUAUGGCUGCUGCCUCUGACUUGCUUGGAAAGGUCCAUAAUAUUCAGUAUAUAAUUUAUGCAAAGAUAUUGGUCAUGAAGAUGAAAGAUUUGUUAUUUGAAGGAAGUUUGUCUUGUACAUAUGGAAUUAGGAGCCUUUCAUGGUGGCUCACUAGGGUCACCCUUCGCCAUCAGCGCAUUCUCGAUGAGAGGUCUUCAUCUUUGUUUGACCUUUUGCAUGUCUUCACAAGUGAAACUUUGACAAGUUGGAGAAAGUAACAAGUUAUUGGGGUAAGGAUUUGCGUAAUGGCGAGGGAUUGACACUUGUCCCAGUGAUUCAUCUGGAAGCUGGAAUGAUGGAACACAUCUAUGCACGUGUUGAUUCCUGCAGGUUGCAUUUUGAAUCAGCUGAAGCAGCGCUGGUGUUAAGCUUUCAGUUACAGGGGUUCUUGGCUUCCGUACUAUACAUCAGUAAAGUUCGAACCAAAGGCACAAAUGGUACUUUUAUCAAACACAACAUCAUCAAAGAGUGGGGCUCUCUGUUCCUCUGAAAGCCCUGGCCCUCAUAGAUACGAUUCUAUCGGCAGAAAUGAUAUAUCUAAGCAUCCAUCUGAGUCCCAUGAGGCUUCUGAUAUAUUAUUGACUUCAAGAUUGGUAGAGAAUGAGAGUGAUUCUGGAGUUAUAUCAGACGGGAUUCAAGUUGGUGGUACUGCUGCUGACCCUUUGAGUGCAAUCCAUCAGGCAGUGAUCCUGGCUAAAUGCCUUCUAAUUGAGAAGAGCACGCGACAUGAUGACAUGCAGAGAUGGGAAAUGGCUCCACACAUCGAGGCAAUUGAUUCUCAGCUAUCAUCAUAUUUUAUUAUGAUGAUGGAAACAUUGGUUCAGGGUAUCAAGGAGCCCUCUCCAGGAGUGGCAGACAGGAUUCCUUUCUGCUGUGGGGUUUAUAUCCCUACAGUUUCAGCCUUGCGGAAGGAAUACGGUGAACUUUGUGUCCGCUGUGGUCUGAUAGGAGAGGCAAUCAAAAUUUUUGAGGACUUGGAAUUAUGGGAUAAUCUAAUAUUCUGCUAUAGAUUGAGUCAUGUGAGAUAUCAUAUUAAAAACAGCCUAUUGGAGAAAAAAGCAGCAGCUGUUGAACUGAUCAAGACAUGGCUUUCUGAAACACCUAAUGACCCCAGGUUAUGGUGUUCAUUGGGUGACGUUACUAAUGAUGAUGCCUGCUUUAAAAAAGCCCUAGAAGUUUCAAACGAUAAGUCGGCUCGGGCUAAGGAUGGGGAUAUUGAGAAGUCACUAGAUGGCUUCACUCGGGCUGUUCAGCUCGAUCCUGAAAAUGGGGAGGCAUGGAAUAAUAUUGCUUGUUUGCAUAUGAUAAAAGGGAAGAGUAAAGAAGCUUUUAUGGCAUUUAGAGAAGCACUGAAGUUCAAACGAAACAGCUACCAACUGUGGGAGAACUACAGCCAUGUUGCUUUAGAUGUUGGCAAUGUUGCUCAGGCUCUAGAAGCUACGCGUAAGGUGUUGGAUCUUACUAAUAAUAAGAGAAUUGAUGCUGAGUUGUUGGAAAGAAUUAUGACAGAGGUGGAAAGCAUGGCUUCACCUACUAAUUCAGCAAUGACUGAUGAUGGAGAUAACUUUCCCGUCAGUGGGACCACAAAUGCAGAAUCUGAUGUGGGAAAAUCUCGGGAAGCUGAGCACUUAGUAGAGUUUCUUGGAAAAGUUCUACAACAGGUGCUUGAGGCCAGUUGUUGCUGAUGUUGCUGUUGUUCCAAAAUGCCACUUGAGUGCUUUGUAUAUACAUGAAAAGGGGAAGCUCUUUACCCAACUUGUUGACUUGCUGCAGUUUUAUGAAGGAUUUGAGAUUAAUGAUAAUGUUGGGAAACAAUUGACGGAUGAUGAAGUGCUCCAAUCUCAUUAUGACAAUCUUUUCAGCUGCUUGCUUUUAAAAAGAUGCCUAAUGCAUUUGCAUAGACCUAAAAUUUGAUGUCCUGAAGUAUCUUUUCAAUAGUUGGUGUGCAUACUUGUUCCCAUUUCUAUCUAUCCAAACCUUGAAAGAAACCUGAAAGAUAUUUUUCCUUUCCAUGAAGUGUAUGCUGUCUACAAUAUGCUGCCCGUACGUAUGUAAUUCAUUACACAAAGCUGGCUCUUUAUUGUCUGAACCUUUUGAAGCAAGCAAUUGUUCCUAAUUUUCCUGCAAUUAAUCACAUCUGGCACCUCCUAUGGAGUGCAUUUUUCAUGUCUUUUACCUUUACUUGAUGGCCGGGCAGUCAAUUUUUUUUGUUUGUCAGGAUUUGUAUGCAUUAUCCAUUAACUGUUUUUUUUUUCUUGACAGAUUAUAGGGGCAACAACUACUAGUACACGUUUUGGAAAGCUGUUAGGAAUGGAAAGCUCAAGAAUCUUUGUCUUCCCUUCUCGUUCUGGUUUGAUUUCAAGUUGAUUAGAGUAGUGCCUGAACAGAAGAUUGUCACUAUUUUCAGAAUAUGGUGGCGUUUUGCUUGAUCUUGAUACAAAGUUCAUCUUCAUGUAUCAUUUAAUCUAUUUAUUUCUGUUGUAAAGAAAUAUUACUUGGUUCAUGUAGAAACAUAUAUUAAGUAUUGAAACUU